GCUGAGGUAAAGGCGAGUCCUUAAGCUCCGUGACCGUAACUGUCCACCAUGAACCGGCAACUCCUCGGCGCCUUCUUCCUCCUGGCUGUCACCGCCGGCACUCAGGCCGCAGGUUCAGACGUCCUGGAUCUCACUGACGAUAACUUUGAAAGCACCGUGUCUCAGCACAGCAUCCUGCUAGUGGAGUUCUUCGCUCCCUGGUGUGGGCAUUGUAAGAAGUUAGCACCUGAAUAUGAGAUUGCCGCAACCAAGCUUAAAGGGACACUUUCCCUGGCUAAGGUUGACUGCACAGCAAAUUCCAACACUUGCAACAAAUAUGGAGUCAGUGGAUACCCUACUCUAAAAAUAUUCAGAGAUGGAGAGGAUUCUGGAUCUUAUGAUGGGCCAAGAACUGCUGAUGGAAUUGUCAGUACUAUGAAGAAACAAGCUGGCCCAGCAUCUGUAGAUCUCCGAUCUGUAGGCGAAUUUGAAAAAUUCAUUUCCGAUAAAGAUGCUUCUGUGGUGGGAUUUUUCCGGGACUUGUAUAGUGGCCCUCACUCAGAGUUUCUUAAAGCUGCCAAUACCCUUAGGGACAACUAUCGUUUUGCUCACACAGAUGAAAAAGAGCUUGUGGACAAAUAUGAUUCAAAUGGAGAAGGUUUUGUCUUGUUCCGUCCACAACAUCUGGCAAACAAAUUUGAAGAUAGCUCUGUGACUUUCCCUGCUGAUGAGAAAAUUACCAGCAGCAAAAUUAAAAAAUUCAUUCAAGAUAACAUUUUCGGUCUUUGCCCUCAUUUGACAGAAGACAACAAAGAUUUGAUUCAAGGAAAGGACUUGCUUGUGGCAUAUUAUGACGUUGACUAUGAAAAGAAUGUCAAGGGUACCAAUUAUUGGCGAAACAGAGUCAUGAAGGUUGCAAAGUCAUUCGUUGAUGCUGGCAAAAAGCUUAAUUUUGCCGUUGCUAACAGGAAAGCCUUUGGACAUGAAGUGACAGAAUUUGGUUUAGAUGCCGGUACUGGGGAACUUCCUGUUGUUGGAAUCAAAACUGCUAAGGGGGAGAAAUAUGCCAUGCAAGAAGAAUUCUCCCGUGAUGGGAAAGCUUUGGAAAGAUUCCUUCAGGAUUAUUUCGAUGGUAAACUGAAGAGAUACAUGAAAUCUGAAGCCAUCCCAGAAAGUAAUGACGGCCCUGUUAAGGUGGUGGUAGCUGAAAACUUUGAUGAAAUUGUAAACGAUGACAGCAAAGAUGUGCUAAUUGAGUUCUACGCUCCAUGGUGUGGCCAUUGUAAGAACUUGGAGCCUAAAUACAAAGAACUUGGAGAGAAGCUUGGUGAUGAUCCAAACAUUGUGAUUGCCAAGAUGGAUGCCACAGCAAAUGAUGUGCCAUCCCAGUAUGAAGUUCGAGGAUUCCCCACAAUUUACUUUACUCCUGCAGGAAGUAAGCAAAAACCAAAGAGAUAUGAGGGUGGGCGAGAGGUGAGUGACUUCCUCAGCUAUCUGAAGAAGGAGGCAACAAAUCCUCCAGUCGUUAAGGAAGAUGAAAAACCCAAAAAGAAGAAGAAGAAGGAAGAGUUGUAAUUGUGAAUGCUUAUUGACAAGCAGCAUUUUAUAUCAACCACACAGCGCUGCAGGGUGGGGUUGUCAUCUUGACGUCACUGGUAUUCAAGGGGGAACAAAUGGUGUGGUGGACUCAUUGUGCAGCAAAAAUUCAAAUUUUCCUUUUUUUUUUUUUUACAAGGAUAUGUCUCACGACUAGAUCCUUUUUCUUAGAUGCACUGUCGGAAACAUCCAAGGACCUACUACAAUUUGUGGCUUGUUAAGGGGGGGCACCACUUUUUCCAUCUAGGUUGGGAGACUAAGGGGGUCUUGUGUUUUUGUUUUUUUUUUUAAUUUUAUUUUUUGUACAUUUGGAACAAUCAAUAAAUGCCCCCUACCUUUAAA